AUGGUCAACUCUUGUUGCGGCUCUGUCUGCUCUGAGGAGGGAUGCGGCCAAGGCUGCUGCCAGCCCAGCUGCUGUCAGACCACCUGCUGUAGGACCACCUGCUGCCGCCCCAGCUGCUGUGUGUCCAGCUGCUGCAGGCCCAGCUGCUGCAUCUCCAGCUGCUGCAGGCCCCAGUGUUGUCAGUCUGUGUGCUGCCAGCCUACAUGCUGCCGCCCCAGCUGCUGCCGCCCCAGCUGCUGUGUGUCCAGCUGUUGCAGGCCCAGCUGCUGUGUGUCCAGCUGUUGCAGGCCCAGCUGCUGUCCCACCUGCUGCCGCCCCAGCUGUUGUCGCCCCAGCUGCUGCAUCUCCAGCUGCUGCCAACCCUCCUGUGGUGGUUCCAGCUGCUGCCGCCCCUGCUGUCGGCCCUGCUGUCGCCCUUGCUGCUGUCUGAGACCAGUCUGUGGUCAGGUUGGCUGCCAAAGCACUUGCUACCGCCCCACCUGUGUCAUCUCCACCUGCCCCCGCCCCAUGUGCUGUGCCACCCCCUGCUGCUGA